AUGGUCCCAUUCUCGCCGAUGGUGAAUAUUGAUGGAUUAGCCAAUGACUACACGGACAACCUCUACACAUACGCCCCCAGGCCGAGUUGCUCCAGUUUCAACAGGGAUUGUGGAUCAAGGUACCUCUUCUGCCACGGUACCCAAUUUGUAUGCGUAUCAAGAAUAAGAGCUCCGUUCGCAUGUAAUCCAAGUCGAUUUGGAGGUGAGUUUGAAAGUUGUUACCAAAAAAAUAUCUGA